AGAGUUUUGAAAGAGUCCUCAACACGAUUUACUCCUCACAGUACUCAACUGUCUCCGAUUGUGAGACAGGUUUUAUCUCUUAGAAGCAUUGUUUUUCUUUUACCACGAUGCUUCCCGCAGCUGCAGUGCUUUAUUUCCCAUGGGAGGUGAAAUCUGGAGCAGUGCAGGAGGGAGCAUCAGUGAGAACUUUUGGCAGACUUGUCAGCUAUCAGCCUGAGGAGUCCAGGGCUACACUGUCAGCUCAGCAUGCUUCGAAAGAGCACCAUGUGGUUGUCCGCACCUCGUUUGUGGAGCCCUUUAACCCAAUAGUUGGGGCCCAGUAUGUUGUUCUGGGUGAGAAAGAAAAUACUGAUGGGGAUGACGUGAUGGUUCGGGCCCGUGUGCUCAACUGUGUCGAUGGUGUAAACAUCGCUCUUCUACAGAAAGCCAUUAAUGAGCAAAGGAGCUUCUUCAUGGAGAGGGACUGCAAACAGGAUAAUGCUGCACAAUCUGCAGAUGCAACCUGAUCUGGGCCUUAAUGCAUCAAGUUUCCCAGACUGCUCAUGGAUCGUCAGAGCUACAUAACCGACUCUUAAAGCUGUUUGCCAAGGUGCACAGUGCUGUUGUGUGAGCUCAAAUGAACUUCAAGACCUUUCAGUUAAAAAAAAUAGGGACAAAGGUUUAGUUCCAUCAGUUUAUAUGAAUAUCAUGCUGACCUAUGAUCAUAACAGCUUUUUACACUUUGUCAGUGGAUGAUGAUCAUUAAAGCUGCAAAUGAAUGGACUAAUAGUCUCGCUUCAAGUUUGGUCUGUUAAGAAUUAAUUGUAGAUGUUUUGGGUAAAUUACUUGAAUAUGAAAAUGGUGCACGUUUUGGCAAUAUUGCUCAGUUUCGAGAAGGCUUUUCAGUGCUGCCAUUUAUUUGGAUGUGGAAGUUACCAGACUUAACAUUCCUGAAGUAACUUUGUGGUCUGAUAUCAUUCAAAAUGUUUUAACUUUCCAAACAAUAGACCUAUCAUCAAUGGGUCUUGGUCAAACCUGUGUGAUAUGAAUAAAAAGCAAACUAAGGAUGUAUUUCACUGACAUUAAAAUGGAAAAGGUUUAAAAAUAUAAAUAUUAAUUACACCUAUUGAGCACUUUGCACAGAUAAGACAGUUAAAAAAAGAUAUCUAUUUACAUACAUUUUAGCAGCUAUGUAUAUUGUGAGCUUUUACGUAAACCAGGACUCCACUGGCAGAAGGUAAUAUCAUUGAAACAGUCACAGAGUCCAUAUUACAACCAUAUUAAUUAAAAUAAAAUUUAGCAAAUAAAAUAAUUCAAAGCAUAGACCUCUAUCUUAACUGCAUGUGUUAUUGUUAUUGUGCAUUAUUUCUCAUAGGUGAGGUUUUAAGAUAAGCCCAGAGUGGUUUUCUAUCUCACCCGCACAUUUUAUUUUUAUUUUACUAUUUUUCUAUGACUUUUAUUUUACAAAUGUGCAAAUAAACAUGUUUUC